UGUGUGUGUGUGUGUGUGUCGUAUCCCAUGACUCCCAGCUGUGUGUAUGUGUCUGUGUGUGUGUUAAUGAUCAGUACAUGUGACUGUGUGUAUUUAUAAACGGAGUGUGUGUUGCUUUUAUCAGCCUCUUAUAAAACACAGCUGCAGCUCAGUGUGUGUGCGAGCAUGUGCGUGUGUGCGUUGGUCCUUGGGAUACCCCCUCCCCCUGUCCAAUCGGGGGGGUGGGGUGUCGGCAUGACGACAGACAGGAAGUGGCUUGUGUCAUACGAGAGGAUGUGGGCGGGGCUAGAGAACAGAGAUAGAGAGAGAGAGAGAGAGAGAGAGAGAGAGAGGCAGUAACAGCAGCAGACUGGGACCUGAACCAGGUCUACUCGAGAUCAGGAUUAGGACUCUGUGACUUGGACCAGAUUUUAAAGAGGAUUAUUUUGUUGUGAUCUGGAUUUUCGUUUGGACCCUGAAGAGCUGGUGUCGGUGUUCAGGACCGUGGUCAAACAACAGAGGAGAGUUUUCAGACGGUGAUCACCCCCUGCAGACGUCUGAUCCUGUGUGCAGACAACAGGAAGGAGAUGGAGGAGUGGAUGGCAGCUCUGCGCAGCGUCCAGAACAGACAGAACUAUGAGUCCACCCAGUACAGCAUGGACCACUUCAGUGGGAUGCACAACUGGUACGCCUGCUCCCACGCCAGACCGACCUACUGCAACGUCUGCAGAGAGGCUCUGUCAGGAGUCACCUCACAUGGCCUGUCCUGUGAAGUGUGUAAGUUUAAGGCUCAUAAACGCUGCGCAGUCAGAGCCACCAACAACUGUAAAUGGACCACACUGGCUUCAAUCGGGAAGGACAUCAUCGAGGACGAGGACGGGGUGUCCAUGCCUCAUCAGUGGUUAGAGGGGAACCUCCCAGUCUCAGCUAAAUGUAAUGUUUGCGAUAAGACGUGCGGCAGCGUCCUCCGUCUGCAGGACUGGAGGUGUCUCUGGUGUAAAGCCAUGGUGCAUUCCAGCUGUAAGGAGCAGCUGUCCUCUAAGUGUCCUCUGGGUCAGUGUAAAGUGUCCGUCAUCCCUCCAACGGCGCUCAACAGCAUCGACUCUGAUGGUUUCUGGAAGGCGUCGUGUCCUCCGUCCUGCACCAGUCCUCUGCUGGUGUUCGUCAACUCUAAAAGUGGAGACAACCAGGGCGUGAAGUUCCUCCGGCGCUUCAAACAGCUACUGAACCCGGCUCAGGUGUUUGACCUGAUGAACGGCGGACCACACCUGGGGCUGCGGUUGUUCCAGAAGUUCGAUACGUUCAGGAUCCUGGUGUGUGGAGGAGACGGCAGCGUUGGCUGGGUUCUGUCCGAGAUCGACGCCCUGACGCUGCACAAACAGUGUCAGCUAGGAGUUCUUCCUCUGGGGACCGGGAACGAUCUGGCCCGGGUUCUGGGCUGGGGUUCAGCCUGUGAUGAUGACACACAGCUGCCUCAGAUACUGGAGAAACUGGAGAGAGCCAGCACCAAGAUGUUAGACAGGUGGAGCAUCAUGGUCUACGAGACCAAGUUUCCACGGCAACACUCUGCCUCCACCGUCACCGAGGACUGCAGCGACGACUCUGAGGUCCAGCAGAUUCUGACAUAUGAGGACUCAGUGGCUGCUCACCUGUCCAAGAUCCUGACCUCAGACCAGCACUCUGUUGUCAUCUCCUCUGCCAAGGUUUUGUGUGAGACGGUGAAGGACUUCGUGGCUCGUGUUGGUAAAGCUUAUGAGAAGAACACAGAGAGCUCAGAGGAGUCAGAGUCCAUGGCCAAGAAGUGUGGAGUCCUGAAGGAGAAACUCGACUCCCUGUUGAAGACUCUGAACGAGGAGUCUCAGGCCUCCACCGUCCCUCCCCCGGCUCCUCCCCCCACCAUCGCUGAGGAGCAGGAGGAGGUCGAGGGAGUCCUGCUGCCUCCCCGCCUCCAUCCUCCCCCUCUCCCUCCUCCUCACGCCCCAUCCAGCUCCGCCCCCUGCUCCCCUCGCUCCAACACCUCGUCGUCUGCAGCGGCGGCGGCCAUCUUUAAACCCAGAGAGCAGCUGAUGCUGAGAGCGAACAGCCUGAAGAAGGCCAUCAGACAGAUCAUCGAGCACACUGAGAAAGCUGUGGAUGAGCAGAACGCCCAGACCCAGCAGCAGGUGUUCUCCCUGAGACGAGCAGAGGAGGAGGGUCUGGUGGAGGAGGAAGAGGAGGAGGAGCUGGAGGAGGAUAAGAUGUCUCUGCAGUCGUCCUACAGCACCAAACACCGCAACACUCGCAGAGUCAGUAAGACGCCCUGUGAGAAGCUCAUCAGUAAAGGCAGUCUGUCUCUGGGCAGCUCUGCAUCACUUCCUGUCCAGACAGGAAGUAGGGAGAACAUGCCGAUGCUCAACACAAAGAUCCUCUAUCCAGGUCUCAGGGCAGGAAUGUCAGGCUCUCUGUCCAGCAGUUCUGUGAUCAGCCGACUGCUGGUCAAUGCCGACCCCUUCAGCUGCGACCCCGACAACAUGGACUGCUACACUGAGAAAUGUGUCAUGAACAACUACUUUGGGAUCGGACUGGACGCUAAGAUCUCUCUGGACUUCAACAACAAGAGAGACGAACAUCCAGAGAAGUGCAGGAGUCGGACGAAGAACAUGAUGUGGUACGGAGUCCUGGGAACCAAAGAGCUGCUGCACAGAACCUACAAGAACCUGGAGCAGAGAGUUUUACUGGAGUGUGAUGGUCGUCCCAUCCCUCUCCCCAGUCUUCAGGGAAUCGCCGUGUUGAACAUCCCGAGUUACGCAGGAGGAACCAACUUCUGGGGAGGAACCAAAGAGGAUGAUACGUUCACUGCUCCGUCCUUUGAUGAUAAGAUCCUGGAGGUGGUGGCGGUGUUCGGCAGCAUGCAGAUGGCCGUGUCCCGAGUCAUCAACCUGCAGCACCACCGCAUCGCACAGUGUCGGACAGUGAAGAUCACCAUCCUGGGAGAUGAGGGUGUCCCGGUCCAGGUGGACGGGGAGGCGUGGAUCCAGCCUCCAGGUUACAUCAAGAUCAUCCACAAGAACCGAACCCAGACCCUGACCAGAGACCGGGCGUUUGAGAGCACCCUGAAGUCCUGGGAGGACAAACAGAAGUGUGAGUUUCCCCGGACCCCCCCCCCUCAGCCUCCUCAGCCCCCCCUCUCCUCCCAACCGGAGAUCGUCUCCGAGGAGGAGGCGUCGCUCGUCAGCGAGUUCGGUCAGGCAGCAGGAGCGCUGAUCCGCAGUAUCCGUGAAGUGGCUCAAUCUCACCACAGUCUGGAACAGGAACUGGCUCACGCUGUCAACGCCAGCUCCAAGGCCAUGGACGUGGUCUACGCCAACUCCAAGAGCUCCGGGGCUCUGAGUUGCAGUGUGGUUGUCCAGAUGGUCAGUAACGUCAAAGCUUUACUCAGUGAGACCGAGCUGCUCCUGACUGGGAAAAUGUCCAUGCAGUUGGAUCCUCCUCAGCAGGAGCAGUUGAAUGCAGCUCUGAACUCUGUGGCUCAGCAGCUCCGUCGACUCGCUGAUGUUCCCUGGUUGUGUUCCGUCAUUGACCCCUCGGAUCACGAGGGUCCUCUGACGGACUUCUCAAAGCGCAGUCGCAGCGCUAAGUUUCGUCUCGUCCCGAAGUUCAAGAAAGACAAAAACAACAAGAACAAGGAGACGUGUGCGACUCUCUCUCUGCCAGUUCACCAGUGGGGGACGGAGGAGGUGGGGGCGUGGCUGGACUUCCUCUGUCUCACUGAGUAUAAGGACAUCUUUAUCGGACACGACGUCCGCGGGGCCGAGCUCAUCCACCUGGAGAGGAGGGACCUGAAGGACCUGGGGGUGACGAAGGUAGGUCACAUGAAGAGGAUCCUGCAGGGCAUCAGAGAACUGAACAGGAACAGCAGCGCAAGCGAAGCCUGACUUCUGCCAGGGACCACUGCCUGCUCUCCUCCUACCUCUGCUGCUACCGACCACCUCAUCCACCUGACCUGACCUCUGACCCUGAACUAGAACCAGACCCACUGUGACUGGACCGGGACCAGGACUCGCUUUGUCUUAAAUCACUGACCAAACUCCUCACAGACCCACAGAGACCACCUGAGGAAAAACCAAUCAGAUGUUCCAUUAGUGCCUUGACAUCUCACCAACCAAACAGCAUCCAGGAUGUGGAGGGUGGGGGUGUGGGUCUCUGACCUGGAAACUGAAGGGCUGCACCAGAACUGCACUCACACUGAGCUGAGACAAGAUGGCCGACAUCACUGUACGCUGCAAAAAAAUCUCCAUUUCAGCAGCUCAUUCAUCAGUCACUGUGUUUUUCACCUAUAUUUUGACAGGACAGUGGAGAGGAGACAGGAAACAGGGAGAGAGAGUGGGGGAAUGACACGCAGUAAAGGAGUCGAUCCGGGGACCAGCUGCUCAGGGCACUUAGGACCAUGUGGUAUGCACCCCAAACAUUCGGCUAUGGCGGUGCCCUGUCACUGUUGCAGCUUUUCACAAUAAAACUUCCUGAAAAACACAGAAAAAAUUUCAAAUUAAAUCAUUUUGAAACAAGUGAAACUGACACAGAUUUAAAAAGUCCAACAGCAGGUCCACGUCCCCUUAAUGUCCAGAAAAAGAUGGACGACUUGUUGACUUGGAGAUUUUUUGCAGUGUACAGUGACCAAAUAUGAGCCGGCCCUGACCCAAGUCUGGCUGCCAGAUGUGGAUCAGUUUUUGGACCUAUGGACGAGGACCAGGUCUGAGGAACUGGUCUGGUCUGCAGGACUCUGGUGCAUCACCACGUCAAUCACUCACUCCAGAAACUAGACAUGCCAGAUCAGAGCCAGUUGCUUUCAGCUCCCUGUGAUCUACCUGCCGUCAGACUCAUCCUGGGCUCACCUGAUAAGCCAACCAAUCAGAACCUCCUCUGGUCCUGGACACGUUGGACCGGAAUGCAGCAGAACCCUUUAAACUUUUAGACCUUUUAGUGGCUCAGAGACUUCAGAGCAACAUUUACCAGAACUUUACGUCCCCAGUCUGUGAGUGGACGGACUGUAGAGUCCUUGUCCGUCCUUCCCUCUGGACAAAUGCAGGAUCACAGAGUUUUGUACUGAGAUGUGUAUUUAUUUUAAAGUGCAGUUGAUAUUUAGAGUUCAGUAGUUUUCUUUGUAAAAACAGGAUGUGGUGAAAACUGACGAUCCUGAACGAUCAGGUGAUCAGACGGAGGCUCAAUCGAAUCAGUCGAUGGAAACAAGCGGCAAUUCUCUGUCAAUUCUCUCUCUUUUCUAACGUUGAAAUGAGGAUGUUUUCUCCGUCGACAGUUGAGGGUUCAGAUCAGUUUCAGGGACCAAACAAACAGAUUUUAAGUGUUGGAUUCAUUUUUUAUCAGAUCAGCUUGUCUGAACUCUGGUGGACCAGUCCAGUCUGGGUCUGACCUGGUCUGGUUCUGACCCUGGUUAACCUCUUGUGUUUAUAAUGGCCUUAGCUACAGAUCGACCAAACAUUCGUCGUCAGUUGGAGAUUUCCUCUGCGUCUUUUAGUCUUUUUAACUGAAACAGUGACGACAGAAUCAAACCUGUGAGCAGAAGACUCCAGGUGUGAUCCAGCUGAUCCUGAUCAGUCAGCAGGUAAAAACCAGCCUCAGUUUCAUCAGGUUCAUCAAAACACUUUGCCCUUUAAUGAGGAAGAGUCUCCUCCUCUUCAUCACACUCAAAACCAAAACAUCAAGUGUAGUCAGUUAAUCAGUCAUUGAUUGUUGAUCAGCAGCGAGUUCCAACAACCGAUCAGAUCAGUCUGAACCCUGAUCAACAGCAGUUCAGACUUCAUCAGUGAUGCCUUAAACUUCCCAUCGAUCACAUAUCUGCCAAUCAGACCUCAGCUUCAGUCAGCUUCAGUCAGCUUCAGUCAGCUCGGUGUGAAACAUUCAGGAAAUAUAUUUUCUUAUCUGAUAAAUCAGUUGCUCGGCUUCUUGACUCACAGCUGAUCUGAGACGUCAUCAUUCAGGUCCCUACAGAUCAUAUCCAGAUCUUUAUCAGCUGAUCCAUAUCAUGUGAAGCUUCUCUCAAGGAUCAGGACGUUAACUUCAUCACACGAGACAAGUUCACGUCUGAGCAGAAGAAUCUCUCGUCCUGGAUCCAGAUCUCAUCCUGUUCUUACAGGUUUGAUCUUGUUCUGAUCGGAUUUAUCAUUGUUUAUCGUUUUCUGUGUCUCCUGGUCCUGAUCAAGUUCAGGACCAGUACAGAUAUAACUCUGUUUGCUAACGCUCAGCGUCCUGCUGCAGUCGACCGCACUCGACUGACCAAUCACAGAUGUUAGUGACCGAGUGCCUUGUUCGAGGGCUGGGGUUCAUCCUCAGUCAAACUGUCUGAUCCAUCCUGUGUAUUUAUUAGAUAAUUUAUGCAUUAAUGAUACUGUACGCUGUCAUACCUCGGUUUGUACAUACGCCCCCUGCAGGGCCGUCACUGUAAAUACAUCCUGUGGUGAGGAAAUAAACAUGUCUAUGUGUACGAACACAA